CGGGCGCGGGCAGCUGAACCUCCCCCCAAGCCCCAGACUUGUGGGUGUGAAGGGAGGACCUGGCUUGGGCCGAAGAGUCUGGGGACUUUUUCUUGGCUUUCCAAACCGCAGCUUAGGGCUGAGAGGCUCGAGCUUCCCGCGCCAGAGGUGUUGGACACACGUGGAGACCUCGGGGGACGCGACCCUGCCGUGGUGCGUUGGGAGAGUGGUCGGCUCUGCCAAGUGUGCUGCCUCCGGGGAACUCCCCUGGAUCGCCUCGCCCCCCGCCCACAGGCAGCGCCUGGGCUUGAAACCUCUCCGCCCAGGAGGAGAUUGACUGGGGGCGGAUGCUGGUGGGGAAGAGCUGAGGCACUUUGCGGGAGGAGAAAGUCUCCUGGAAAACAGAUAGGAGAGAGAAGCAGACGCCUACUCCCUACCCCCUGUCUCUCUUCUCUCCUUUCUUGGGGGACAACCCGGAGUUCGGAAGAUAUGGCCCGGGUCAUGUGCACUUUCCUUUCUCCGGGCCCACGAGGUUCGUCUUGAGCCCUAAGCUGAGCCAAGCAGGACCCUGAGUCUUUGCACCCGUGGGAGCGGACACUGACUCUGUCGCGUUCCUCCGACGCCGGGCUCUGGGUCGGAGGCAGUGGGAGCCGGCUGGCUUUGGUUGGCCCGUCGGGCGCCGCCACCAUGGAGGAGUGGCGGCAGUGCGGCCGCUGGCUCAUUGACUGCAAAGUCCUGCCCCCCAACCACAGGGUAGUGUGGCCCUCGGCCGUGGUCUUCGACUUGGCCCAGGCGCUGAGGGAUGGAGUGCUGUUGUGUCAGCUGCUACACAACCUCUCACCUGGAUCUAUAGACCUCAAAGAUAUCAACUUCAGGCCACAGAUGUCCCAGUUUCUAUGUCUGAAGAACAUUCGGACCUUCUUGAAAGUCUGCCAUGAUAAGUUUGGGUUACGAAACAGUGAGCUGUUCGAUCCUUUUGACCUGUUUGAUGUUCGAGAUUUUGGGAAGGUCAUCUCUGCAGUGUCUAGACUCUCUCUGCACAGUAUUGCACAGAACAAAGGAAUUAGUGAACAUGAUCUGGGUGAGGAUAUCUAUGACUGCGUCCCGUGUGAAGAUGAAGGUGAUGAUAUCUAUGAGGAUAUUAUUAAAGUGGAAGUCCAACAGCCUAUGAAAAUGGGAAUGACAGAAGAUGACAAAAGAAAUUGCUGCUUGCUAGAAAUUCAGGAAACAGAAGCCAAAUACUACAGGACUCUUGAAGACAUUGAAAAGAACUACAUGAAUCCUUUGAAGCUGGUGCUGAGCCCUCUGGACAUGACCGCCAUCUUUAUCAACCUGGAGGACUUAAUUAAAGUGCACAACAGCUUCCUAAGGGCCAUUGAUGUAUCGAUGAUGGCUGGUGGGAGCACCCUGGCCAAAGUCUUUCUAGAAUUCAAAGAAAGGCUACUGAUCUAUGGGGAAUACUGCAGCCAUAUGGAGUAUGCCCAGAACACUCUGAACCAUCUUAUUGCCAAUCGAGAAGAUUUCCGGCAAAAAGUGGAGGAAUGCACCUUGAAGGUCCAAGAUGGGAAGUUUAAAUUGCAAGAUCUGCUAGUGGUGCCAAUGCAACGGGUUCUGAAAUAUCACCUCCUCCUGAAGGAACUCCUCAGCCACUCUGCAGAUCGUCCUGAGAGGCAGCAGCUCAAGGAAGCACUGGAGGCCAUGCAGGACUUGGCGAUGUACAUAAAUGAAGUCAAACGGGACAAAGAAACCUUAAAGAAAAUCAGUGAAUUUCAGAGUUCUAUAGAAAACUUGCAAGUCAAACUGGAAGAAUUUGGGAGGCCAAAAAUUGAUGGGGAAUUAAAAGUUCGAUCCAUUGUAAACCAUACCAAACAAGAUAGGUAUUUAUUUUUGUUUGAUAAAGUGGUGAUUGUCUGUAAGAGGAAAGGCUACAAUUAUGAGCUGAAGGAGAUUAUCGAACUGCUCUUUCACAAAAUGACAGAUGAUCCAAUGAACAAUAAAGACAUCAAGAAGUGGUCUUAUGGGUUCUACUUAAUUCACCUACAAGGAAAGCAGGGCUUCCAGUUUUUCUGCAAGACCGAAGACAUGAAAAGAAAAUGGAUGGAGCAGUUUGAAAUGGCAAUGUCGAACAUUAAACCAGAGAAGGCCAACGCAAACCAUCACAACUUCCAGAUGUACACGUUUGACAAGACAACCAAUUGUAAAGCAUGCAAGAUGUUCUUAAGGGGGACUUUCUAUCAAGGCUAUCUUUGCACUAAAUGUGGGGUUGGGGCACAUAAAGAAUGCUUAGAAGUGAUUCCACCCUGCAAAAUAAGGCCCAUUGGAUACAUAUGUCUACCUAAAUAUAUCUGCAACUGUUCUCCUGUAGACUCGGACGCACUAAGUACAGGAGCUGGUCCUAAGAUGGUGGCAGUGCAGAAUUACCAUGGUAUUCCAGCUCCUCCCGGGAAGCCAGUGUUGACAUUCCAAACAGGCGAUGUGAUUGAACUGCUGAGAGGUGACCCUGAGUCUCAGUGGUGGGAAGGAAGGUUAAUGCAGACCAAGAAGUCGGGUUAUUUUCCUAGUUCAUCUGUGAAGCCCUGCCCUGUGGACGGACGGCCUCCAAGCAGUAGGCCCCUAUCCAGAGAAAUAGACUACACCACAUACCCCUGGUUUGCAGGCAAUAUGGAGCGACAACAAACUGACAACUUGUUGAAAUCCCAUGCAAGUGGGACGUACUUGAUCCGAGAAAGACCUGCGGAGGCAGAGCGAUUUGCCAUAAGUAUAAAGUUCAAUGAUGAAGUGAAACACAUUAAGGUGGUAGAGAAAGACAACUGGAUUCAUAUCACAGAAGCAAAGAAGUUUGAAAGCCUAUUGGAGUUGGUAGAAUACUACCAAUGCCACUCACUCAAGGAGAGUUUUAAACAACUGGACACCACCCUGAAGUACCCUUACAAAUCUCGAGAACGCUCAGCCUCAAGAGCCUCCACCCGGUCACCAGUGUUCACUCCCCGUGUUAUCGGCACGGCCGUUGCCAGGUACAACUUUGCAGCCAGGGACAUGCGGGAACUCUCGCUUCGAGAGGGUGACGUGGUGAAGAUCUACAGCAGAAUUGGUGGUGACCAGGGCUGGUGGAAGGGAGAAACCAAUGGAAGGAUUGGCUGGUUUCCAUCAACGUAUGUGGAAGAGGAGGGUGUGCAGUGAUGACUGGAUCUGGGACGGAGCCCAUGGAUUCUCUGAGAAGAGUCUCUCUAGAGAGGGUGCAAACCUCUAGUUAAUUCAGAGGGAAAUGUCCUCCAAGCUUCCAGUAUUAAACAGCCUGAAGGGGUUGGGGAAAGGGUUGGGGGGGGAGGGAGACAAGAUACUAAAUGCAAACCAUUUGCAAAUCAGUCAUCUGCCAUUGGUGACCCAUCCCAGGGUCCAGGACUUGUAUAUAAAACUUAACAGUGUAUCUCAGAUUACAUUGCUACAGCGUUACCCACCAUCCCAGAGAAGGGAAAACACAGAACCUUUCUGAGCCCAGAGACUAGAUUGUUGGAAGUUGAUCAUUGGCCAUUGCCGGGCUUGCUACUCCAGAGGGCACCUGGGACCAAGGAAGAAAACCCACUACUCUCUUGGUGAUGGCAUCUGCAGGGUCAGAGGGCAGUGGGGAAAGUCCUUGAAAUGAGGACUGGCAGAAGAUUCCACGAACUCCUCUCCUUACCUUCUCCCUGGAGUCCUCACUUGCUGCUAGCUCUGACACCUAGUGCUUGAGGAUAAAGGACCCCUUAAUGUCUCCGUCCAGAUCACCAGCCAAGUCCUGGGCUGCAGCUGCUGAGGGAAGGGGCUGGCCUGGGGGCCGCUGUGCACAGAAGGAAGGUGACCAGUCCGAAGUGUUGUGUGUGUAAUAUUGACUCAUCCUUGGAUCAUAGAUUUAAAGCUGGAAGAAACUGAGAGGCCACCUAAUCCCUAUCUAUUUUCAAAAUGGUUUGCCUUGGGUUUUCUCUGGGCUAGGGAGGGUGAGGAAGGGAAUAGAAAACCCACCUGUCACAAGAAGCAUCUUUCCCUGGGGGAAGCUGGGGAAAUGAAGGUAGCUUCAAGAUGCUGAAACUUCUGUCAAUGGUACCGCUUAUAUUUGCAUCAAAUAUGAUCUCCCCUCACAAAAAAACAACAAAACACUUUUUUUUCCCUUCUGCUGAAGUACCUAGAAUGUAUUCAUAUUCUAUUUCCUACAAACUGGCAAACACCAACUGAGUCUCUAAAUGGGAUCAGGAAGAAAAAGAUGGUUUUCUUAUGUUAGGGACUUUGCUUUUCAUGGACCUUUUGGGGUUCUACAACUCUCAUGGGGUCCCCCAUGUGGUUUCAUAGGUACCUCCUCAAAAAAGAAAAUAGCAAUGCCUAGGUGUUUUCAGCAUGGUUUCUAAGACUGUGCUCCAUUUUCCAUACCCCAACACUUGGUUGUCCCCUCUCAUCUCAACAAAGUUCUUUUCUUCUGGGGCUUCUCUCAGUCCCCCAACCCAGGGUCUGCUUUUAACUCAUGUCAGAUAAGUGCUCUUGUGAGUGGUUAUUCCCCAUUCCACCUUCUGAUGCUUCUUGUCUCCCCCCCACCUCCAGCCUCUGUUCCUGCAGUCCUGGUCAAUCAUUUGCCCUAGAAGACAUUAGAUUCAUAGAUUUAGAGCUGGGAAGGAACCUUAGAGAUCAAUUUGGUCCAGUUCCAUCAUUUUACAGAUGAGGAA